CUGUGUUUUAUUUCCUUUUGUCUCCUUUUGUUUAAUUUUCAUUGUUGUGUUCUGUAUGCAAUUCACUGGUCUCUGCAUGACCCGGAUGAUAAACACUGGUUCAUAGCUCUAUAAAUCUGUGGUUGAAUCCAUAUAUAUGCAGGUUCAUAAGGAUUGAUUAUCUUAGUCAAAUAAUAUUACAAUGAUUUCCAUUUCAAGAGUGUUUUGCCUGUGGGUUGUGUUCUUUCUGGGUUCAAUCUUAUCGUAUGGUGUUUCAGAAGCAAGACAUCAUCGUCCUUCUGCAGUUGUUGUUGGCACUGUCUUCUGCCAUACCUGCUUCCACCAGAGUUUCUCCGACGCUAGCCGCUUCAUUUCAGGUGCGGCUGUUGCGGUUGAAUGUGGAGGUGAAGGGCGGCAGAGUUUUCGCGAGGAAGUGAAGACGGAUGGUCGGGGAGAAUUUAAGGUGAAUCUUCCGUUUUCUGUUGCUAGGGGUGAGAAGAAAAUCAGGGGAUGUUCUGUUCGGGUGAUUAGCAGCGGCGAGCCGUCGUGUGCGGUGGCGUCUGCGGCGGCUACGUCUUCUAUACGCCUUAAGGAAAGGAAGGGAGGGAGUGAUGUUUUCUCGGCCGGGGUUUUCACUUUCAGGCCUCUUAAACAGCCGGAGCUCUGUAACCAGAAGAUUCUAGACCCGCCGGCGUCAAAUCUGCCACUCACUCCGAUUCCGGGUGUGCCGCAGCUGCCGGUGCCGCCGCUUGGUCCCGGAAUCCCGUUGGUUCCGCCGGUAUCAAAUCUACCGCUGCCUCCCAUUCCGGGGAUCCCUGGUGUGCCGCCGCUUGGUCCCCUGAUUCCGUUGAUCCCACCCGCGGCGCCCCGGGAGGUGAAAGAACAGCAAGUGGAACCUAGUAUUUUACCGCCAUUUGGCAUUCUGCCGCCAAACCCAUUACUGCCGCCGCCUUCUUUACUUCCUCCCAACCCAUUUUUCCCGCCGCCUUCCAUAAUCCCUCCGAUUAUCCCUUCUCCGCCGCCGUCCAUCUUCCCUCCGCUCUUCCCUUCCCCGCCGCCUUCAAUAUUUCCACCGAUUCUCCCAUCGCCUCCCUCGCCACCGCCUUCAAUAUUCCCGCCGCUUUUCCCGUCGCCGCCCUCUCCGCCACCUUCAAUAUUCCCUCCAUUCCCACGCCCAAUCUUUCCACCCAUCCCAGGCCUCACCCCCUCUCCUCCCCCGCCGCCGCCGUCUCCAUUCUUCCCAUUUCCUUUCCCUCCGUUCCCAUUCCAACCCUCACCCGGCACUCCCCCUCCGGAAGUCAUAUCUUCUGCUCAGAAGAAUCCAUAGUUUUUAGUACAAACAUUACAUACAUAAUACUCCGUAUUAUAUUACCGUUCUUUUGUCAUUUGUUUUAGGAUUCUCUGUUUUGUAAUUAUACGAUGGUAUUGCCUUGUCUGUUACACGUAAUGUUGUUGGAAUAAAGCUAAAACUUUGUAGAAAAA